GACACACACACACACACACACACACACACACACACACACACACACACACACACACACACAAAAAAACUCUUGGCUCUUCCGCAAGUCCCGGCUGGACCCGGGAUCCGCUUCCUCCUUCCUAACCGCAGAUAAACCUAGUUUCUUGCGUCGCGCGGCCAACUUCCCCACAGCGGAUGCAACGGGCGCCCAAGCCUCCGCCAGAAACUGCAGAAGGCUUCGCAGUCUGGGAGGCAAAUACGGGGUAUAUAUUUUAAUCCCCCCAGCCCUGCUGGAAGCUUGAGAAUAGGAGCUAGGAGGGUGUGAUUGCGACUCCAGAGACACAACCCCUAGGAACUCACAACCAUAAAAGACGAAUCCGCACACACUUCCCGUGAUUCUGUUAAUUCUGUGAAGGUCUCCUCUUGCAACCGCGGGUUGGACUAGAUGACCUCUGUGGUCCCUUCCGACUCUGUCAUUCUGCUGAGGGAAUCGCUCUGCAACCACCAGCAGCUGAGAAUGACCUACCAAUCGACUGGGCAGACGCUCCUGGGAGCGACGGAUGAGGAGGCCGCGCUGGGGGAGGACGACGAAUUCCGGCUGAUCCUGGUGGGGAAGUCCGGAGGCGGGAAGAGCGCCACGGGCAACACCAUCCUCGGCCGGGGAGAGUUUGAGUCCCACCUGGGAGUGAAGGCCACCACCUUGAAGUGCGAAAGGGGGGAGGGAAACUGGCAGGGCAGGAGGAUCUGCGUGGUGGACACGCCCGACAUUUUCGACUCGGAGACCUGCCGCGAGAUUCUGCAACAGGAGAUCGCGUCUUGCGUCGCCCUCUCCUGGCCCGGCCCCCACGCCCUGAUCUUGGUGACCCAGGUGGGGCGCUUCACCGCCGAAGACGUGGCCGCCGCAAAGCGGGUCUGGGAUAUCUUUGGGCCCAAGUCCGCCAGGCGCACCAUCGUCCUCUUCACCUGCCUGGAGGAUUUGGGAGGGACCUCCCUCCAGCAGUACGUCCGAAGGUCCGACAACCAGGACCUGCGGAAGCUGAUCCGGAAGUGCAGGAACCGUUUCUGCGGCUUCAACAACAAGGCCAAGGGCGCCGAGCGGGAGAGGCAGGUCUCGGAGCUGAUGGAGUUGGUGGAGAGGAUCUUUGCGGAGAACCGGGGGAGAUACUACGUCAUCCAGCUGAACAAGGCGCCCAGCAACGUACGGGAGGAGAACGCCCGAUCUUUCACGGCCAUCGUUCGGGAAAGGCUGUUACCGAGGCCCUUGACCUGCACAGAAAUUGUGGCCCUGUCUGUCUUGAUUUCCUUCUUGCUGGCAAUUGUGAUUGCGGUUGUUCUCAUGUUCUACUUUAAGUGAGUGGACUGUUUUGUUCGUAACUGGAUAACGGCCCGGUUUAGCCAAUGAGGCGGACGGCCGACUUCGACGGAGAGCUAGGACUGCAGGAAAAAAAAUAAUAAUAACGAUCGCAACCAGCGGGGGCCUUCCAUGGAGCGCCUGUGUAUUGCGGGUGUGUGUGUGUGUGUCAGAAGGAAGCCUGUGAAUAUAUAAUCACAAGUGCCUAAUAUUUUAUCAGCAACGUAUUCACUGGGAUCCCACAUUUAACUUGCUCGUUUUUUUUUUUGUAGCCAACGC